AUGGGGAUUUCGAGGGUUGUUCUCCUCAAGAACAAAACAACUCCAAUUGAUCCUUACGAAGCGGACUUCAAACAAGAAGAUUUCGAUCCAGUGUUUGUCCCAUUAAUUCAACAUCAACAUUUGCCUGCUGAAUGUCUAAGUCUUCUGCGAGAUGAAAAGUACCUGUCACAACUUCAAAUCAUUGUCAUAAGCUCCCAACGUACCGUGGAAUGCCUGAAUGAGUCUAUAAUCCCAAGACUAACUGAUAAGGAAAGAAACGAGUUGCUACGCAAGGUUGUCUACACAGUUGGUCCUGCUACCGCUAACUUUUUAAAACGCUGCGGAUUUCAAAACAUAAAAGGUGGCAAAGAUGCUGGUAAUGGUAGUGUUUUGGCUGACUUGAUCAUUUCUGAUUUGCGCACCCAGUUCAUCGAAUUGAGCCAAGUUUCAAAACCGUUACUACUCGUUGGCGAAACUAGAAGAGAUAUUGUUCCCAAAAAACUAGCUUCAGUUGGAAUAGAUUCACAAGAGGUCGUCACAUAUAUUACUAAGGAAAACAAUGAUAAUUUGGUGCGAUUCCAGUCAGUAUUUAUUCCACGAAGCUGGGUUGUAUUCUUCAGUCCGCAAGGAACAGAAGAAAUCAUCGAAUUUUUAAAGCAAGAAAAAGUUAACAUUGCGAGCAUUGGCCCCACCACUAACGAGUUUCUGAAAUCUCACAACAUUCGUUCGCAAGUUGUGAGCAGCAAACCUGAGCCUAAAGCUUUGAUUAAGGCACUAAAACUUUUCGAAGAAACAUCACAAGCAUAA